AUGGCCGCUACGGGCAUCUCACAGUGGCUAUUCCCUGUCUCAGCUAUCGUGGACUCAACGCCGAGCCGUACGACGUCUUCCAUCUCCGUCGAGAAGGAGCUGUAUGACCGUGCACGAGGGGUGGAGUUUCUGUUUCGCCUAGGGGUAACCCUUGUCUUGCCGUCGUCUGCCAUGUACACUGCGGCUACGUGGUUCCACCGCUUCUACAUGAGGUACUCCAUGGAAGAUUACCACAGACAGGAUGUUGCAGCGGCGUGUAUUUUCUUGGCGACAAAGACGGAGGAAUGUGGUCGAAAGCUCAGGGACGUCGCGAAGGUAUACUGUGCCAAGGUCUACGGCAGGAAGAACGUGGAUGAAUUUGCGGACGACAGCAAGGAAGUGGUAGAAAGCCAAGCCGCCAUUUUAUUGACGGAAGAGGUGCUGUUAGAGGCACUGUGCUUCGACUUCAUUGUCCCCACCCCGCAGUCAGACCUCGUGGACCUCUUCGACGCUCAACCGGAGGCCGUUGAUGUCGAAGAAUACGCCUGGUCGAUUGCCAAUGACUCUUAUCGCACGCCUUUAUGUGUCCUUUACCCCUCGCGGAUCAUUGCAGCGGCGUGCUACAUCCUCGCUCAGCAAUAUCUAGACAAGCCGAGUGGCCUAUCAUUGGCCGCAAGGAUUGCGUCGCCCGCACCUUCCGCCUCGCUUCCCACCCCUCCAUCUCACAAGCCUUCUUAUCCCGAGUCUGCUCGCUUUGCCGUUGAUUUCUUCAAGUUCAAUGAAAUGGAGCUGGCCUCACUAUCCGAGGCAUUGACCAUACUCCUCGAGUUCUACGCGGCUCAGGACACAAGGGGAUCCGUGGAAUGGGUAACACCUAUUGCAGGAGUGAGCUCGCUCGUUUUCCGAGCUGGGAAUGAACCUCUGACCGUUCAUAGAUUGCAACCCCUGAUCCGGUGA